AUCGAAUAAAUGGAAUUCUCAAACAUGGAAACGAAAGCAUCGAUUCAUGUAUGUGGAACAAUCCGUUGUGUUAUUUAAUUACAAUUUUCAUUGUAGUUGCGGAUUGUGCAUGUCAAAUGGCAAGAAUUCGAUACAGUCAUUCACUACUAAGAG